AUGCUAGAAAAUAGUGUUGAAGCAGAUGAAACAUUUGUCGGAGACAAAAUACCAGUUUUGGGAAUUAUUGAGAGAGGUGGUAAUUUGAUUACUCAAACCAUUCCUAAUACCAAACAAGAAACGGUUAACCCUAUAAUUAGGGCUAACGUUAAAGAGGGUUCCGAUGUUUUUACGGAUGAAUGA